GUGCUAGGAUUACAGGUGUGAGCCACCACGCCCGGCCAGAAUAUCUUUUAAAGUGAACCUCCUACAGUGCGGUGCAGUUGAACGGCCACUCUGAUUUGGCAUCUCCUUUGGCAGAGAUACAGGGCAGAAUUUCCAGGCCUGGGGAUGUCCCACUUCCCCGCUUUGUCACUGCCUGUCCUCGGGGAUAUUUCUCCAUUCAGACACUCUCAGUGCUUCCUGUGGGUUAAGGUGGGGACAGAUCUCCUGCUAGGGAACCCAAGAAGCUGGCUGUCUACCCCCAUCUCACUUUUGUCAGUAUAGAAAUAAGUUAGUUAGGGAAAUUUUUCCAUGUGCUUGGUGCCGGGCAGAAUAGCGGAACUGGAUGUGGAAAUCUGAUUCUCUUACCAUCUGCUUGGGGUUUUUUCACUUCUCUGUGGUCCCAGAAACUGUCUCGUCUUCAUGUUUGCAUUCUGGGAUAUUUCUGGUGAUAAUCUCUGUGCUGUAUGUUUUUUUUUUUUUUUUUUUUUUUGGUUUUCUGGGGGUAGAGGGAGUGAAGCCAGCUUGCUUCUACGCUGCCAUUUUGGGAGUGGAAGUCUUGAUGAGUUCUGAUGAAUUUAUGCACCUGUGUAGCCACCACUGCAAUCAAAAUAUAGAAUAUUUCUAUCACCCCAGAAUGUUCUUUUGUGCUCUUUCUUAAAAUCUCCAUCUUUGCCACCACCACCUUUGGAUCAGGCAGCCGCGGAUCUGCUCUGUCACCAAAGAGUCCUGUGUCCUGACUAGAGUCUCACACACAUGGAACCACCCAAUGUGCAGCCUUCUACAGCUGGCUCCUUUGGCUGAGAUUUCUCUGUGCCGCUGUGUGUCUCAGUAGUUUGUUCCUUGUCACUGCUGAGUGGGUCCCGUUGCUCGCAUGAACUACAAUCUGGUUACCAUUCAACUGUUAACGGGCACCUGGCUGCUUUCAGCCCAGGGUUAUUAUGAAUAAAGCUGCUAUUGUAACAUGUGCAAGGCUUCAGGUAUAUGUUCUUAUUUCUCUUGGGUAAACACCUAGGAGUAGAAUUGCCAGGUCGUGUGGUAAGUGUAUCUCAACUUUAUAAAAACCUGAAGUAACUCACCAUCCCCAUCUCCAUCAGCAGUGUGUACGUGUUCCAUUUCCUCCACACCGUCCCCAACAUUUGGGACGGUCUGCUUUUCUCAUCUCUGCCGUUCUAACGGAUGCAGGCUGAUGUCUCACUGUGCUUUUAAUUUGUGUUUUGAGGGACAGUUUUUAAAGGAUGAGCAUAUUUUAAGCCUUUGAAUCAUUAGAUCAGGAAGUAUUGAAGACUGACGUGAAGGAGAGGGAAGUGAAGCAAGACCUAAAACAAGAACAUGAGUAGAUAAAGCUCUUAAAACUGCAAAAAGCUGAAGAAAUGUUAAGAGUUAUAAUUAUCUGUAGAGGCUAAGGACACGAAUUCUGGAUUCAAGUCCCAGCUCCACUGCUUACUUGCUGUGUGACCUUUGGCAAGUUAUUCGCUCUGUGCCUCACUUUCCACAUCUAUAAAAUGGGGAUACCCCCUCAAUGCUCUCAUAGGAUCCUUGAGAGAAUUAAAUGACUUAAUAUAUGUUAAGCCUUAAUUGGUCCCUGGCUAUAGGAGGCGCUAAGAGAGUCAUUAUUAUUAUUGUCCUCGUUAUUGAGUUUAUUAUAAUUCUAAAUCCUCCUGCCUCCGGCCCCCAGCACUUCGUGGGGGUGGGCGGCGCGCGGGGCGGUGUUUACUGUACUACCACUAGGGGUCAGGCUUCGGCACCUUUCACUGCCCAAGCCGCGCUGUAUUUGAGGGCGCGAGACGCCGACUAAAUGAAUACCUCCUAGGACCCAGCCGUCCGGCCUUUCCUUCCGAGACCUGAUCCGAUAAGCCCUGGCGACCUCUGGCCCCUCUUCCGGGAGGAAGACAGCGUCUCCUCUCCCACAGGUACACACAAAGUAAAAGUAUGAAAACACAAGAAGACUUAAUAAACAUAAAAAUCAGGACAAUCACUCUCUAUGAGGGCAAACACUUCACGGGGCGGAAGCUGGAGGUCUUCGGGGACUGUGACAACUUCCAGGACCGAGGCUUUAUGAACCGAGUGAACUCCAUCCGCGUAGAGAGCGGAGCCUGGGUCUGCUUCGACCACCCUGACUUCCGGGGCCAGCAGUUCAUCUUGGAGCACGGCGACUACCCUGACUUUUUCCGCUGGAACGGCCACAAUGACCACAUGGGCUCCUGUCGGCCUGUAGGAAUGCACGGGGAACAUUUCCGCCUAGAAAUCUUCGAGGGCUGCAACUUCACAGGCCAGUGCCUGGAGUUCGUGGAGGACUGCCCCUUCCUCCAGAGCAGGGGCUGGGCCAAGAACUGCAUCAACGCCAUCAAGGUGUACGGGGAUGGAGCGUGGGUCCUGUACGAGGAGCCCAACUACCGCGGCCGCAUGUACGUGGUGGAGAGGGGCGACUUCCGCAGCUUCUCCGACUGGGAGGCCCACAGCGCCCGCGUGCAGUCGCUCCGCAGGGUGGUCAACUUCUUCUAGCCAGGCCCGCCCGCCCGCCUGGCCGGGCGCAGCUCUGGGGACAGGAGGGACCCUGGGGACGGGGACCUGGGGACUGCGGACAAUAAAAGUCCUGACAGCGGA